GGAGAUCUAAGAUACCAGGUUGCAUCAUACACCAAGGGUACCUAUCGCUUCGACUUCAUUAAUUAUCUGUCUGCGCGUAUAUUAGCUAGACGAACGUGGACAUACAUGCAACCGGUGUCAUUCGUGUUGUGAAACCGGCACAUCUUAUUUUCCAUUUUCGUGUAUGUGAAUAAGAUCCUCAUCCAGGCACUGAGCAGGCAGGCGCACGGCAACAGUUUGCAAUUCCCAGCACGUUCGAACCAACGGUUUACGCAUCUCUAUACCAGUAUAUCGAAACUGUGUAAUUUGCUUGAAAAUGGCUAAACCAUACAACCAAAUCGUACUAUUUGGCGAUUCGCUUUUCCAGUUGUCGAGCGAAAUAAACGACGGGUUUUCGUUUCAGGGCGCCCUGCAGCAUCUUUGCAUGCGCGGUCUCGAUGUGAUCAACAGGGGUUUCUCAGGCUACAACACCAAAAAUGCCUUGGAAUUACUUCCCCAGAUAUUUCUUCCACCUUCCCCUGCCAACCCGCGCAUCGAGUAUUUGCUUGUACUUCUAGGUGCAAAUGAUGCGUGCUUGGAUACUCCAACCACUACCCAGGGCGUACCUCUUGAACAAUAUAGAAAGAACCUGAUCGACAUUAUCACUCAUGAGCAUAUCAAGGCUCACAACCCAAAGAUCCUAUUGGUAACGCCUCCGCCUCUUGACGAAAUGCAAAGUUUUGUCACCGAUGUCGAGAAAGGUCACAAAGAGCCGACCCGGAAGGCUGCCGUCAGUGCCCAAUAUUCCGAGACAGUUCGCCAGAUCGCCGACGAGGUGCCUGGCAUCAUACUGGUCGAUCUGCAGAAGGCUCUUAUGCAGAAGGCGGUUUCCAUGACCCCCGACUAUGACCCAUCCGGCCCUCCCUUGGGAUACACGGAGGGCAAGCGCGGUGCUCUAGAACAGCUCCUUCCAGACGGUUUGCAUAUGAGUGGCGAGGCGUACAAGGUGCUAUUUGAUAUUGUUAAACCACAUAUUUCACUCCCAGAGGAUUACUUUGUCUACCCAGACUGGCGAAUCAUGAACCCCGGCAAGAAUGGCGAGAUAGUGAACUAGGUCUAGUAGAUAAAAUCUACGAAGUAGUUGGUGCUUUAUCGAGCCAAUUUUUUUAAUUUUUUUUUUAUUUUUUUUUUUAAAGUUGGGGUUCAUGCAUGGUAAUGGUGACAAAGACAAGACGGGGACAAGGCAUUGUAGACUCUCA